CUUGAAUCGCCUCACCAGAGUUGUGGAGAGACACUGGUUGAGUCCCUCGGCGUUUAAUUGAUUUUAGGAACGUACUAUUGCAGAAAGGAUAAACAUUUGGGAGCAAAUACUCUUCCUUCCUCCGGCGUUGGUGACGCAAGAACGCCCAGUUUCCAUCAUGCACAACAAUCCCCUUCCCAUCCUCUCUGUCAGACCCAUUCGGGCUCUGGUGGACGAACCCUUUAAAGUAUUUGUUGAGAAUCUACGACCGGGAUCUCCAGUGACGCUACACUCGCUCCAUCUUUCAGAAGAUGGAGACCACUGGGAGGCUUUUGGACACUAUGUCAGCAGCCAGCGGGGAACAGUGUCUGUUGCGGAUGAUUUGAGCUUCGGCGGAACUUACAGUGGAAAAGAGCCCAUGGGUUUGUUGUGGAGUCAGCGGCCCGUUCCUGGAAGUCGCAGAGACCUCAGGUUAAGGAAGAUGAAUGUCACCACCCCCAUGCUGGUCCACAUCUCUGUCUACAGUGGACACCUGACUGGAGGCUUUCAGGACCAUGUUCCUCUGGCUUCAGUGCUGACAGAGAGAUGGUACAUGGCUCCUGGAGUCAAGAGGGUCAGCGUGAAAGAGGGAAAUAUUUUGGGGACCCUGUUUAUACCUCCAGGUCCAGGACCCUUCCCUGGGCUGCUGGACAUGUGGGGUGGAGGAGGAGGUCUGGUUGAGUAUCGGGCUGCGUUACUGGCUUCACAUGGCUACGUCUCUUUCGCUCUGUCUUACUUGUCUGCUGAGCAGGGUCUGUUAAGUGAAAAAGAUUUUGAGUCAGUGUUUAACAUGAUCAAAAACCAUCCUCAAGUCAUCCCAGACAAAGUUGGACUAUUUGGCCUUUCCCUCGGAACAUUUAUAACCCUUUACCUUGCAGUGGAGAGCAAAGUCGUCAAGCCCAGUUGUUGUGUUUGCGUCAACGGCACACAUGCGGUCUCCUAUGGAAACGGCUCAACUGUGACCCCUUCUCAUGCUCUGUUGGGGGACCACAGCAAGGGCCGUAUGGAUGAGAACGGCCAUGUUAUAUUGCGGGAUUUCACGCUGCCGAUUUCCGCCGACCUCUCAAGAAAACUAAAUCUGAGCAAAAUCAACUCUCCCUUGUUGCUGAUCACCGGCAGUGACGAUCAAAAUGUUGCUACUGUGGAAGCUGCUGAGGACAUGGCCCAGGCGAUACACGCCGCUGGAAAAGAUCACCUGCUGACCAAGCUGGUCUAUCCUGGUGCCGGACACCUGAUCGAGCCACCCUUCACGCCACAUUGUAGAUUCUCAAGGUUCAUAAAUAGAAGCCAAGGACAUGACUUGACAAUGCUGUGGGGUGGACACACCAAACCUCAUUCUGACGCUCAGGAAGACUCCUGGAAGAAGAUCCUAGCCUUCCUGCAAAUGCACCUCUACAGCAGCUCCUGUCCAAGAGCCAGGAUGUGAGACUGGACCAGCAGGAGGUCAAUCAGAGCAUAGCAGAGGUGGAACCACAGAACUGUUGUCAUCUCUCUUACAAUGAGAGCUUCUUGUUGCUGCUGCUAAAAAUCAAUAUAUAUUUAUCAAUGACUUUAUUCAAUCUUUUACUGGUGAAUGUCACCUUUAUAAAUGUGUAAUACAUGUACAUUAAUAACAGUUCAUGUUGUAAUGUUUGCCUUGAUUCAUUGAUAACUUAUUAAUGUUAAGUUAAAGCGAUAAUUAUUCAUCUGCAGACCAAAAAUAAUCAUAAUGAUGAACAGAAUGUUUUUAUUAAUCAAAAGACUGGUUUAUUUUCUAUGUAAUUUUUUUAAAAUAAAUGAUGAUGAUGAGGAUGUUUUACAUUAAAUGCUUGAAAGCACAUUGGAAUAAUGGUCUGCGUUAGUGUGUGACCUCACCUGUCUUGAAAUGAAAAUAAUUUUAAAUAAUUUUCUUUCAAUCAAUGA